AUGAGUAGAAUAAUCCGCAUGAAGGGGUGCAAGAGUCAAAAGCCGUUGCUAAAGGCAACGGUCACUAAGGGUAGUGACGGGAGGAGAUUUCCCAGAAUUCUCAGAGAAUAUACUAAGGAGAAUAAUCCCCAUAUGGUAGCUCUCCUUGAAACUCGUGUGAGUGAGAGCAAAGCCGAUCGGAUUAUCGAGCGCACUGGUUAUGACAUGUCCUAUAGAGUUGAGGCAACCGGUUUCUCUAGUGGAAUAUGGCUCAUAUGGAAUAAUUCCCUCCCAGACGGUGUUGUGUUGGCAGCUCAUCCUCAGUUUGUUCAUGUCAGCAUUGAAUGGAAUAAGCCUCCCUAUCAUUUUUUUGUCACUAUUGUGUACGAUCACCCAGAUAGGACGAAACGUAAGGCCUUGUGGUCUGACCUCCAGAACAUCCAAGUAGCCGAGGACUCCCCUUGGCUAUAUUGGCUGGUGAUUAUUUCCCUAUUGGCUAGAAACGAGAAAAAACGUGGAGCCAACAGAUGUAAAGGUUGUAAACACUUUCUUGAGAUUAUGGAUAAUUUUAAUUUGGUUGAUCUAGGUUUUAAAGGGUCUCAAUAUACAUGGAACCGAGCUGGAAUCUUUGAACGGUUAGAUCGAAUAAUAGCCAACAACCAGUGGAAUGAUUUCGCGCCUCACUACUCUGUUCAACAUCUAUACCGGAUCAAGUUAGACCACCGUCCUAUUCUCCUCCUUCCGGCCUAA